CGUCGGUUCUGUUCAGCCAUGCAGUCUGUGGCUUCUGAAACCCCUCUUCUCUCAUCAGUCUCUUCCUCCUCUCUCACUGGCUGAGGAUUCCCUGACUGGCUCUAUCCAAGCUGCGUUUAAUUGAAGGGUGCCAGGUUGUAACCACCUAGCAAGCAGGGCUAAUUAGCUCAGAAAGCUGUACUGGAGCAGGAGACUCACACAGCUACACCGCUGUCUGACGGACUGACUGGAAAAUAGAAACACAGAACUAGAUCUCCGGUGGAGGAGAGAGAGAGGGUGAGAGAGGGAGAUGAGACAUUUACAGGCGACUGUGUGUGAGAGAAUGAGAGAGAAGAGAGAGAGUUAGAAACAGCAGCAAGACUCAGAGUGUGAGAGGUGGAGAAAUAGGAGGAGGGGAGAGGUGGGGAGGGGAAGGGAGGAAACGGGAAAUGCAAAGCCAAGUGAGGGAGAGCGACGGGAAGCCUGCAGCAGCAAAUAAGACUGAGGAACGAAACAGGAGAGGUAAAGAGAGAGAAGGAGAGAGAGAGAAGGGAUAGGGGGAGGGAGGGAAGUGGAAAAGAGGGGCCACGAGCAGGAGAGAGGGCUGCAGGGUGAAGGAGUGAGAGAAAAGUUAAGAAAGUGAGAGAGGGGGUCAGGGGAAAGAAAGAAAAGAACAUAGAGAAAAAACAAGUAUAGGAGAGAAAGGGAAACAAGAGGCAGGAAGAAAGGGGGGAGGGAAGUCUUAGGUAAGAAAAAAAGAGCAGCACUGAAAAAAAGUUUUGUUUUGCGGUGGAGUCAGUCAUAGAUGAGGAAAACAGCUUGAGUGAAUGGCUAGUUUGGAGUUGGAGAGCAGCGUGGAGGAGGGGAGGAGAAGGAAACCAGUUGUUGUUUAAGGCGUUUUCCACAGCAGCCUCUACUCUAGAUGGACUGUUUUCAUUCUGACAUGUACUCAGACAGCACACGGACGGGACACUAUAGAUUCAUUCAUCAAAACACAGACGACUACUGCUACUGCCUUCACUGUGUCCAAUACGGACCCACGCUGUACCAGGGAGGACCAGGGGGGUACAGACCACCACCCACACACCCAGACCACCCAGAGUUGGACCUCAGAGGAGACAUCAGCAUUCCUCCUUUCCCUGUGGAGCCAGAGGAUAUAAAACCUGGACUAGAGAAGUGUGAGAGAGGAGGUGAAGGAAGAGGAGAUGGUGGAGGGGGAGAAGGUGGAGAAGGAGAAGGUGAAGGAAGUGGUGCUAAAGCUGGAGCUGGAUGGGGUGUAAGUGGUCACAGUGCCCCACAGAGGAGGCCAGUGUUCACCGGGCCGGGUCAGUACGGUCAACCUCAGCCAGGCCAGUUUAGCCCCAGCCACCCCUGGAACUACAACCCUGCCCAGUGGAGCUGCCCAGCGGAGCCUGGCCUGGGUCUGAGAUUCUACUCCCCUGUGAAAGAACAGUGUGGCUAUGUGGGACAGGGUGGAGGUGGCGCUGCUGGGACAGGGACCGGGACACACCCCUUCAACAGCAACAGAAACGCGUCAGCCUCAUCACUCCCUCUGGACCCGGCACACACACAGUUCAGGGGUCAGCGGUCCAAACACAGGCAGUCUAGCUACAGCUACGAUCCUGAGAAACAGAUCUGGGAUCAGUCAAAAUACAGGCCAGAAAGACAGGCUAGCUAUAGUACACAGGAGAAACACAGACAGGCUAGUCUCGGUUCAGAAAAGCAGGUCUGGGGUCAGUCGAACCACAGGCUAGAAAGACAGAAUAGCUUCAGUUCAGAAGACAAGCUGACACACCGACAGACUAGCUACGGUCCAGAACAACAGGUCUGGGGUCAGUUGAAACACAGACAGACUAGCUACAGCUACAGUCCAGAGGAACAGGUCUGGGGAUGUGCUGGAGAUGAACACGAUCAUUUGGACAGGUGUGUACCGCUUGAACAAGGAGAUUUACACCCUCACAUGCCAAAUGGACAUAGUGGUGGUGGUGGUCCCAGCCCCAGGCAUGUGUACUCUCAGGGCGUGGGAGAUAGAACUAACUACCAGGAGAGAACUGCUAGAUUAAAGGCUGGGGGAGCUGUAGGUGGGGCAGGAGUGGACAGCUGUAAUGGACGACAUGUCCCUGCUGGCUCUGGGUCUGUUCAGAAGACUUUCUUUUCCACUGAAGUCCCCCAGAAACAGUUGGUCAGCCAGCCCAGGCAGAGGAGUCAUUGUGGGCCUGGCCUUGGCCAUAGAACCCCAAGUCAUGGAGCUACUGGCCCAGUGCAUGGAGCCACUAUAGGCAGGGAAGAGAGAUUCAACCAAAGGGCAAAACAGCCAGCAAGCCAGGGGGUUUACCAGAACCAGGGAGGAGACCCAGACUCAGACCCCCAGAGACAGAGGGGGAAGCAGAAGGAAGGUCAGGGUUCAGUCCGGGAAAACCAGGGUUUGGUCUGGGAGAACCAGUGUCAUGUCCGGGAAAACAAGGGUUCUGUCCGGCAGAAGGAGGGCUCGGUUCGGGAGCAGAUCAGACAGGUGGUGUCAGACCUGGAGGGGGUCCUGGGUGGUCUCAAACAGGUCCACGUGGAGAUGAAGGAGGUGGUCCAACAGAUUGAUCUGCUGACAGCUAACAUUGACCUGGAAGAGGAAGAGGGAUCAUGUAACAGUUCCCCUCAUGGUGGUGACGCCCUCCCCAACCCCAGAGACUGCAGAGGAGUCCUGAUGUAUAAUAAGAAGACUAGUACUGGAGAGCAGAUGUAUUCCCACAAGAUUAGGACUGUUGACCUGAAGACUAAUGGAGACCAGGGAUUACUGUACAGAGACCCUGACCAUACUGUCACCAUACAAACUACCUCUACGUCCCAUGUCCUCACCGCAUCAGUCAUCAAAACCAACCGGGUUGGGGUCACAGCCCUGAGCCCGAGCCCUUCCAAAGACUCCAAACAGGAAAGACUUAACAAAGACCCUCCUAUACCUGGCCCUUCCAGAGACAUAAACCAUGUGACCCAGACCCCUGGGCUAGAACAGAUCCUCUCCCUACCCCUACCCUUAUGGACUCACAUCCCUAUCCCCACAGCCAUGGUUGGAUACAGUGUCCCGUCUUGUAGGAGUCAGAAACCACCACUGUACCCCCACCCCAACGGACGGGUGGAGAGGCUUAAUAAGGGUCUGGCUCCACCACCCUACCCGGUCCAGUCAGCCCUGCCGGUCCUGCCCCACUGGCCCAGCCACCCGACCCUACCCACCCUAACCACCCUGCCCUGUCUCCCAGUGCCCUGAAGACACCCUCAUACCUGGAGAAAAGCAGACCAAGCUCAAGCAUAGUGUGAGGGGACAGCAUCACUGCCGUGGGGGCCGGGAACAUAUAGGACAAGGACAGACCUACACUGAGAGGCAGUCUGAGAGGGACUGACCAGGGACAGCUCGUGGAGCCCUGACGUGGUGAAGAGAUGACUUCAGUCAGUGGUGGACACAAAGACAGAGCUUGGCCUGAAGAUGGGGGUAUUUCCAAGGGUGAACGCUCUAGACAGACAGGAGGGGAAGGGGAUUCCACAUUACAGAAUGAGAUGCACAGACCUGAGACACACAGUAAGCAGCAAGCACUUCAACCUAACAUAUAUAACUUAAAACAGCAAAAAGACACAAUUUUGAUACAAGUUGGACAAUAAAGUAUUAUAUUCAUAACUCAACCCUACUUGAAUUAUACACCGGAGGUUAUCAACCAAAGAAUCUGUAGAAAAAUGAGAAUGGAUGUUGGAAGUUAUAUGAUUAUACUAUCUAUAUUCAUGUUUAUAAAGCUUGUUUUAAAAUGUUCAGAGAUAUUAGAAAAUUGUACUGUCUGAAACAUCCAAAUCGAAAUACUUCAUAUUGACAACUGAAUGUCUUACAUUUGUUACAUUUGUGUAUGGAUUAAAAGACAACAAUGACCUAAUAAUGGA